AUGGCAAAAUGGUCCCUUUUAUUCUUCUACUUCUCCCAAGGACUACUUCCCCUCAUCUUUGGGCAGCAGCAGCAGCGGCAGCAGCAGCAGCGCACAGCCGGCCCCUGGCGGCACCGGAUUCAGUGGGAGAACAACGGGCAGGUUUACAGUUUAAUGACCACUGGGUCAGAGUACCACACUCCGGUUCGGUCCAGGAGCCAGUCGAGGGUUUAUAUGAGCAGUAGGAGGGACGGCACCAGGGGCCAAAUGCCGGGAGCGCACAGGGGAGCGACGCUUGUAAGAUCCGGACAGGGCGAGUCCAGACAGUUCAGGACUGACCACGGUGUGGAACCGGGAUCUCUUACACCUGGACGCGAUGGUAGACAGUUUGUGCCUGUUAAUGGUCGUUAUCAAGGCGCACGACGCUUUAACCCUGAAAACACGAACAGCAUCAGCGCCUCUGCGGCGGGGGGCUUCCCGGAUUUCCCGGGCAGAAGAGGGGGUGUUAGCGUGGACGCUGCCGCUCUGCAAGCCAGAGGAGGCGAACCGGGUCCCGGUGCACAAUACCAACAGUUACGCGCGGUGCCACAAGCAGCGUCCGUCUCCAGGCAGCCCGCGCAGACAGAUCACUCCAUCUCAGCAUAUCCCACGAAUUUGGGAAGAGAAUCUGAAGCCCCUGCUCCGUUCCCCGCACUACCAGAGGAUGUUGCGAACGAGGCGACCGCAAAUGGCGAGGACAUGGUUAACGACGACCCUCGAAACCCGUUUAAAAACCACAGGAAUUCCGUUUUCUACAACAUGCAGUCCACAAGAGGGAGGUCAGGGGCCCGCACGCUCCGUCCGCCUGGCACCGGAUACGGAACAAGCUUCUUCCAAAAUGGACUGCCAGACCUUGUGCCAGACCCAUAUGCCAUCCAAGCAGGUGCUUAUAUCCAGCGCAUGCAGAUGUAUGCGCUCCGCUGUGCAGCUGAGGAGAACUGUCUGGCCAGGUCAGCUUAUGGGCCCGCUGUGCGAGACAUCGACUUCAGAGUCCUGCUGCGGUUCCCCCAGAAAGUGAAGAACCAAGGCACCACUGACUUCCUCCCUGUCAAGCCGAGAUACCAGUGGGACUGGCACAGCUGUCACCAGCACUACCACAGCAUGGACGCCUUCAGCAACUACGACCUGUUGGACGUCGCCACCGGACGUAAAGUAGCCGAGGGACACAAGGCCAGUUUCUGCCUCGAGGACACAGGCUGUGACCCUGGAUUCAGGCGGCGCUAUGCCUGUACAUCCCAUACACAGGGACUAAGUCCAGGAUGCCAUGACGUCUACGCUGCCAACAUCGACUGUCAGUGGAUCGACAUCACUGAUGUACCUCCAGGAAACUAUAUCUUGAAGGUUACUGUUAAUCCCAAUUUCCACGUCUUGGAGUCGGACUUCACCAACAACGUAGUGAGAUGCGAUAUCACUUACACAGGAGUUUAUGUUCAGACACGCAACUGUCGAGUAACAAGGGCUUGAAAUCCUCGUUUCCUGUACUAUCUGCAGGAAUUUUCCAGCAAACAUCUCUCCCUGUACUGUGCAGCAACAUCAACACUCUGACUAACAAAAAGUGCAACUGGUAAAGUGUUUAAUACAGCCGUAAUUCUGCGCUACGAUCCUGCCAUAGAGUCCUGUGUUGCAUUUACUGGUAUUAAAUGCAAAAGUUUACACCAAUUUUGUGAAAGAAACUAGUGAGAUCGCCAGAUUUACUUGACUAUGUAUUUCUACUUAUGUACUACUUUUGUACUUAAAUUUUAUUUUUUUUAUUUUUUAUUUUUUUCCCUUACCAAAUACAAGUACUGUUUUCAUGUAGGUUUAUUUCUUGAAUGCUGGUCUAUUGCUUGAAAUGUGUUUUUGUUGCCUUUUGUUGUCUCUGUCUUGUUUCUCUGCGUAGUGUUAUUGUUACAAGCAUAACAUUAGUUGUUACAGGUUUAUUUAAAGGAUAAGAUAUUCUAUACUUUUGUUAUUGGCAACAAAUCUCAUGAAAAGACCCAAACCAGCAAUACAUUCACUCAUCUCACUAUACUUUCUGACUUCUCUACUCAGCUUGAGGCUCUCAGUCUCAAGCCCGCUGGUUUCUACUGAAGCUGUCCAAAUGUUAGUUGAACGGGCAUAAAUAGUGCAUUUGUUAGGACCUAUUCUCAGCUGCAGAUGUGGAUGUGCGAGUGAAUUUAUGGCAGCCGGACGGUGCGUGGUGGAUCAACUUAAAGUAAAAUACAGCGCCAUGUUCAUGGUACCGAAGGAACGUGUCAACCAGUGCAACAAUGUGGCUCAGUAAUGUGUUUUUAAAUACUUUUUGGGACGACAAUGUAGGUCUAUAGCACAGAGGAAUAAGCUAUAUCAGGCCUUGGAUACACAGACGAUACCUUUCAUUUAUUGUUGGUUUUGGUCUUUUCAUCGGAUUUAUUAGAAAGAAAUAGAAUAUCACCAGACUUUAAUCCUUUAACCACCUGGUGGUCAUAAAUAUCUCAAAUAGUAAGUCUAGUAUGUUGGAGUAUGUUCAUGUAAAUGUGUGCUUGUGUGUAACUGAGUGAAUGGAAAAUGUUGAUAACUGUAAUGUUAAACUGUUAAUAU